AUGAGAUCACGGCCGAGACAGCCCCGAUCCGUAAGGUGCCGACCCACCCCGGGAAGGAACGGUCGCCAUCCGCCGCCGGGCUUCCAUCAUCCAGUUCCGCCUUUUUUUCGACAUGGUUUAAGGCGGUUCUGGCUUCUUUCAGUCCUGCUCGGUUCAUUCGCCGCGGCAAAUCACUGGCCUUUCCUGACCCCAGACCUCUUUUCUGGUUCAGUAUGCCGUGAUUGAGCGCAUGCGACCAUUCCCUCUCACCUAUCGCUCUAGAUACGGAAAUCUGCUCUCUGCUGCGGAUCAGACCUGUCAUAUCGUGCCGUGCAGAUAUCGUGCAGGACCACCAUGGACCCCGCCGUGCUUCGCGAGCUCGUCCGAGUCGACCCCACGGUCCCUUUCCGCGCGACCACCGAUCACCUUCAUCACACCUGGGCGCAGACCUUUUACUCGCGGCCGGAAUUAUACGUGCGCCCUCAGUCCCUCGAGGAAAUUCGGAAACUGGUGAAUUUGGCUCGUCAUUGUCGUCGUCGCCUGGUCACUGUCGGCAGCGGCCAUUCCCCCUCCGACCUCACCUGCACGUCUUCCUGGCUCGUGAACCUGGAUGAUUUCAACCGGGUGUUGGAGGUUUUGCCUGAAAAGGGUAUCGUGACGGUCGAGGCCGGUAUCCGAUUGAGAGACCUGGGUGCCCAGCUGGAAAAGCAUGGCUUGACGUUGUCCAACUUAGGUAGUAUCGACAGUCAGUCUGUUGCGGGUGUGAUCUCGACGGGCACCCAUGGAAGCUCGCUCCAGCAUGGCCUGAUUUCCGAGUGCAUCUUAUCGCUAACUCUCAUGCUGGCUAACGGACAGCUGGUGUGGUGUAGUGCGACUAAUAAUCCUUCCCUCUUUCGCGCAGCGCUUAUCUCUCUUGGAGCGCUUGGUAUCAUCGUCGAGAUCACUUUGCAAGCGGAGCCCACGUUCAAGGUUGCCUGGCGACAGACACGACGCAAGCUGUCCAGCGUCUUGUCCGAGUGGUCGUCCGGAUUGUGGACAUCGCAUGAAUAUGUUCGGGUGUGGUGGAUGCCCUAUGAGAAGAGUGCGGUCGUUUGGCAUGCCGACAAAACCGACCUCCCUCUGCGUGCUCCGCCAAAGACCUUCUAUGGAGAAACAGUCGGAUACCAUAUCUACCAUAAUCUGCUGGCCCUAGCCAAUUAUUUCCCUCGGAUCCUGCCGUGGGUGGAAUGGCUUGUUUUUGGUUUGCAGUAUGGCUUCAAGGAGGGCUCGAUAGUGACGGAAGCUAUCGAACCGGCCCGUUCUGGUCUUCUAAUGAACUGUCUCUACUCGCAAUUUGUCAAUGAGUGGGCACUGCCACUGGAGAAGGGCCCGGAGGCGAUCAGUCGACUCUCCGCCUGGCUAAAUGGUGAUCCUGAAACAGCGCGUAUUCCAUUCCCCGUUGAUGGCUUGUGGGUGCAUUGUCCCAUCGAGGUCAGAGUCGCAGACUCUACAUACAACCAGGCACCUCGUCCAUUCCUAGACCCCACAUCUUCCGAUGGACCGACCUUGUAUCUUAAUGCGACCCUCUAUCGCCCAUACCAUCGGGACCCCCCCUGCACGGACCGGUAUUACGAGGCUUUUGAGUGGCUUAUGCGAGAAAUGAGCGCAAGACCGCAUUGGGCUAAGAAUUUCCAGACGACAAGAGACGAGCUGAAAGAUCUGUAUGGUGAGGACAUGGCCGAAUGGCUAAAGGUGCGCCAGGAUGUGGACCCUGACGGCAUGUUCCUGGGUGAAUGGCACUACCGGAAUCUGGCCUUGCCUGGUAACGAGGAUGAAUCGACCUCUACCGGACCGGCCGCCCUCCCGCUUCUUGAGCGUGAAAAGGCUCGUCGGAAGGCAGACGUCCGCGGAUCUGGUGACGGCAUGGAGUGGAUCGGGGACAAACGAUGGGAAAUGAAGGAAGCCCGUCAGGCUGCGUUCGUGCCCGCGCUAGAGAAAGAGAAAUUCCAUGGCUUGCCGGACGGAACAAGUCUGAGUCCUCCCACAACAGCAACGAGCGACGAGAGCUUUGAUUUUCUUGCGGCGGGAGAGGCCAGCAUUGUCCUUCCUGAUCACCGCGCGUGAGUGAAAGGAUCACGACAAGAGGCUUGGGAAUAGCAAACAAAACGGAGCGCGUUUUCCAAUGUGACAAUGUGCGGGUGGUCGGCUGGGAUGGCCAGAUCCGGGAUUCCUGUUGGCUGACGAUCAUCCAAGUGACCGUGUACUUUAUUGCCUCACUGUUUCUUUUCCUUUUUCUUUUUCUUAUUAUUUUUUUAUUUCUCCCGUCCUCUGUCUUACUGUACAGAAAGCAAAUCAUCGAUUUCAAUGCCCAUUCCUGACUCAUCAAUGUGAUCCUUGGAUUUUCAUGAGAACUUUUCGUGAUUGGCCGCGUCUGUUUGCUUAUUCCGGUUUUCAGCUGGCUUCUGACGAGUAGCGAUUGACCCAA